AACACUGUCACGAGGAUGCGCGCCCUGCAUCGUUAUUCAAUAGGAUGUUAUAACCGUUAAUUUUAUAUGUGGGGAAUGCUUCAGUCGAAAUUGGAAAAAACUACAGUAAAGAUUUUUCGAUGUGCAUUAACUAUGAUGUGGCUUACACUACGGAACUGUUAAUUUACGCUUGAGUUAGUGGAGAUUCAGCGCUAUUAGUCACAGUGGACCAAGUCAGUCUCUCCGCUGUUUGUUGAUGGCCCUACGCGCCGGGAGGACUUGGUUUGGACAGGUCUUGCGCAGAGUCUCUCGGCUGCAAGGCUCCUGGUCCCGGCGUUCGAGCAGUCUCUUGUGUCUUUCAUCAAACCAGGAGCAGGAUCUGGGGACCUGUUACAGAGACCAUAACCUAUCCCAUUGCCCCGGCGUCCACCGUCACCGCACACACACCAGAGUCUGUCCCUACCCAUCUUAUCGCUGUCAGAGCUUUCCCGAGUGCUGCUCCUUUCCGGGGGAUCGGAGGGGACAUGAACCCCUCACUCGCCGGUUCCUGGUGGCCAUGAAGCGGCAGAAUGUGCGGACUCUGUCCCUGAUCAUCUGCACGUUCACCUAUCUGCUGGUCGGGGCCGCGGUGUUCGAUGCCUUGGAGUCGGAUUACGAAAUGAGGGAGAAAGAACAGCUGGAAGCUGAAGAGAAGCGUCUCCAAGGAAAGUACAACAUUAGUGAGGACGACUAUCGAAAACUGGAGACUAUUAUCAUGGAGGCUGAGCCCCACAGAGCCGGGGUUCAGUGGAAAUUUGCCGGCUCCUUUUACUUUGCCAUCACGGUCAUAACCACCAUAGGUUAUGGUCAUGCGGCGCCGGGCACGGACGCGGGCAAGGCCUUCUGCAUGUUCUACGCAGUACUGGGCAUCCCCCUGACGCUGGUCAUGUUCCAGAGCCUGGGCGAGCGCAUGAACACCUUCGUCAAGUACCUGCUCAAGCGCAUCAAGAAGUGCUGCGGCAUGCGCAUCACCGACGUCUCCAUGGAGAACAUGGUGACGGUGGGCUUCUUCUCGUGCAUCGGCACGCUGUGCAUCGGCGCCGCCGCCUUCUCGCACUACGAGGACUGGAGCUUCUUCCAGUCCUACUACUACUGUUUCAUCACGCUGACCACCAUCGGCUUCGGCGACUUCGUGGCGCUGCAGAAGAACCGGGCGCUGCAGCGCAAGCCGCUCUACGUGGCCUUCAGCUUCAUGUACAUCCUGGUGGGCCUGACGGUCAUCGGGGCCUUCCUCAACCUGGUGGUGCUGCGCUUCCUCACCAUGAACAGCGAGGACGAGCGGCGGGACGCCGAGGAGCGCGCCUCCCUGGCGGGGAACCGCAGUAGUAUGGUGGUGCACGUGCAGGAGGAGGCCAUGCUGCAACAGCACCACCACCACCACCACCACCACCGGGGAGAAGGAGGAGAAGGUGGGGGAGGGAGGAGGAGGCGCGAGCAGCUCCUUCUACCUCAUGGAGGGAGGUACCGGUUUGGAGGAGGAGGAGGUGGAGACAGGUGCGAGGUCAGCGAUUUGCAGUCGGUGUGCUCAUGUAUGCAUUACCACUCGCACGAGUUUGGCAGCACCUGCGGCCUCGGGCUGGGGGUUGGCAGAGGAGGUUUAGGAGGAGGUGGAGGAGGAGGUGGCGGAGGAGGUCUCUUCUCACAUCAGAACUCCUUCAGCUCACAGCUGAACCCUCACCAUCUCUCCCACCACCACCACCACCAGCACCACCAACAGCAGCAGCAGCAGCAGCAGCAGCACCUCCAUCACCAGUACUUUCAUGCCGUGACGUACCACAUCGAGGAGAUCUCGCCAAGCCGUCUGAAGAGCAGCUUUUUCCCCUCACCGGUCAGUUCAGUGUCGCCUGGCCUGCACAGCUUCACCGACAACCACCAACUCAUGAGAAGACGCAAGUCCAUCUGAGGUUCACACACAGUUUUGUUUUUGUUUUUCUUAUGAUUCCUAUUUUCUACAGUUUGCACACCCACACACACACUCACUAAAUAGAGGUACAAAUAUACACACAUGCAGCUGCACACAGAUGUAACACCCUGCUCAUACGUGCAUACCCACAUGAAUGCACGUGCAUACACACACACACUCACACACACACACACAUUAAAACACAAAUUCUCUGAUGUCAUAUUUGCACAUACACCUUUUGCACAACACUAUACACAAAACUGAUAUGACAUACAUACAUGCUAGUGCCAUAAAACUCUCUCUCUCUCAGACACACACACACACACACACACACAGACAUUGCAUCUCAAUGCUGCUCCUAACCGAAUUUCACUCUCUAGCACUUUUUUGUCCUCUUAUUAUUUUUUUCCCCGUUUGGCAUUAAGUAAAUAAACACUGAAGACAGGAUCUGAGCCAGGAGUCAGAUGGAGUAGAAGACUCAUGAAAGAGCUGCAGUCAGCGACACUGUUGGAUCAGACUCCCCCUUCAAAUGGUUAUGAAACGCAUGAAGCAUGGGGUGUUUAUUUUUCCAGAAAACCGCUUCAAAUUGUGUUGACAAAAAAACGUUUAAAAUGAAAAAUGAGAGACUGCUAUACUUCACGACUCUCUCCAACGUGGUUUGAGGUAUGAAGCAGUCUACCUACAUUGGUGUCAUGCCAAACAAUGCACAUUUGCGCUUUGGCUACAGUACUGAUGGGGGGAAAGAUUAUUUUUAAAAAAAGGAAGCUCA